AAAAUUGGAAGUUGACCAUCUUAUCUCGGUCGAUAAAGUAGAUUUCUUCCUCUUUGAUUGAUCUAUUAAACGACACGUUUCCUCGCCUCUUCGACUUUCUUGCUUCUCUUUAUUCAUGGCGCACAGCUGUGCGUUUCGUUGAAUUCUGUGUUUUCAGAGUUAUAUCUGCCCCGAGAGAACGGAAAUGUCGGGCAAGACGAGACAAUUUUCGCAAUCGGAGCACGAUGUCGAUGGCAAGUGACGCAUCGGCAUUUUUCGCGGCUGCUUCUGACAAAACGAUGCCAAGCGGAUAAAUUAUGCCACGAAAAGAGAACACCAAAGCGAAAUCAUGGGAGCGAGACAGAAGAGAACGCAUGAACACCUACUUCAAAACGUUGGCGGACCUUCUGCCGCCUCGUCAACAAGGUCGCAAACUCAACAAAGUCGACAUUCUAAUCCACGCUUCAAAGUACAUCAAAGACCUCCAUAAUCGUACCGAUGAGUUAUUCUCUACUCACGCCUCCGAGGCACACAAGGAAGAAUUGGUUCGUUUGAAGAAACUCGUGACUCAGCUAAUGUCUCGUACUCAAUUACUGUCCACUCUUCUCAAAGAAGCAGGAAUUUCUGUGCCAGCAGAGCCGGCUCUUGAAAAAAUAUGUCCUUUGAAAUGGUCGAACAAAAUUAAUGUCGACGAUGUAGAUAUAUAUUUUGAUAAGAUCGAAGAAAAAAAAACUGUAGAAACAAAAAAGAAGGAAAAAUCUGUGAAGAAUAAAGUGCCUUCUAAGAAAAAAAUCAAGACACCAUCGACUCCGAAAAAGUUAUCCAAGGAAGCUGCUGUCAAUAAGAAAGUUUGUAAUUCGAUCGAGAAUCAAGAAAAUCGAGUGAAUUGUGCCAAUAGCAAAAGUUAUAAUACCGAUAAUACAAGUAGUGUAGAUGAAACUGGCUCAAAGGAAACAGGCCGUUCAUGUCAAAAUGAUUCUAUUAAUGAAGCCACCACUACAAGUACAAUAAAAAAUACAAAGAAGAAAACUGCCGAAAAGAAGAUUGAAUCCCAAAAAGCGUUGAAGAAAAAAAGCAAAAAUAAGAAGAGUAAAGAUAAGAAAAAAUCAACACCACCACCACCCGUAGCCAGCACUGUCACAAAUUUAACUCCCAAUACUCUGAUUUUCUCUAAUGGAAAGUUGAUGCCCUUGGUAACUCCGAUGACAUCGAAUAUCAUUGUAAAUGCACAGCAAGCGCCAACUAAUCCGAUAAUCCUCGGCAGCACGCAGCAGAAUCAGAUGAUUGUGAUGCAACCUUUGGCGAAUCGCGUUCCAAAUUCCGUCGUCUCCAUAUGUAAUCAUGCUUUGAUCAACACCGUACAAAAGGUCACCUUGAACACCGUACCGACUAUUCACGCAAACAUGGUUGUCGAUUCUCAGAGUUCCAAUAUGAAGAAUAUGAUUGGUGCCACGAAAAUUGGCAGCCAUAAGAACAUCCUGCCAAAAAGCAAGGAAAUCACAAAAACGACCAUGGCUUAUAAGAUGCCUAUUCCGGCGGUGCACAAGGAGAAGCCAAAGGAUAGCGCGAUUAAAAAAGAAUCCGAAGUAAAAAAGGGUUGCAAAAGUCAUUCCAAGAACCAUAAAAGUGUUCCAAAUACUCCGGAAGCGAUUGAAGAAAAUGUCGAGAAGAAAUCGUCGAAAGAAAAUACUACCAAGACUCAGGAAGACGCGACCGUGGCGCGAAAAACCGCUCUUAAACGCGCUUUAUCCGCAGAAUCCGUUUCCACGGGUGAACCAGAGGAGAAGAAGCGAAAGGAAGUAAACAAUGAGGUAAAUAUCUCAACCCAACUGAUCGUUUCAAAAGCGUCAGAUUUCACCGUCACUUGCAAAUCCAUCGAAAGCUUGAAGUACGUUAUAGAGAAAAUAGGAGAAGAUAUCCGAGAUGAGCACGUGGCUGUGACUAACGAAAAAGAAUCCGCUGUCACUGAAUCAAACAACGCGAAUGACGUACAAGUGAUGAAUGACGCGAGCAACGAGAAAACGUCCAAAGCAGACAAACUGAUAAAUAUCGUGGAUGCGAAUUGCCUGGAGAUGGACAAGGAAACAACCGAAGAUGCUGUGAAUACGUCGAGGACUGUUGUUUCGGACAAGCUUCCCAACGAAUUGCGCGAGACGGACGCGGUCGAUCAAUCUUCCAACAAUUUUAGUAUAUCGAUAGAUAGUAUAACGGAGAAGAAUGACGAAAAUGUGGAGCAUUUAAGCGCAAAGUCAACCUUGACUGACAUUGACGUGGCAGAGAAAGCUGUGGGUUCGGAUGAGUUGAAGAAGACGUGCAAUCUGGGCAAGCGUUUCGAUAAUCUUCUUCGCGUGACGACGGCCAAGGAGCAACAACAGGUCAAUGACGCGAUGUGCGCUGCAGAUAGCAACAAGAUCAUCCUAAACUUGGACACGAACACUACGACGACGAUGAAGUCCGACGCGAGUGCGAAUGUCAUCAACGUGGCAACAAUACCGAUAUCUUCAUCAUCGUCGUCGUCAUCGUCUUCGUCUUCGUUGACCAGCAACGUGAUUAACGACGAGACUAAAUUGACAAAGACUUCGAAAGAUGAGAUGUCAAAGUCAUUAUCGUAUACCAGUGAGAACACAUUCGUCCCGAUCGGCAACAGAACUGAUGGACUACACUCAGAUUUGUCCAACGAUAUAUUCGCAUCGCUGCAAGUUCCUUCCAGCUCGCACAACUCGGAGUCGAUAUCGCCCACGGCGGCUUUCUUGAUGUCCUUCCCCUUGGUAUCAUCUCUGAACGGCAAGACCGAGGUCCUGGACGAGGAGAUGAAAGAAGACUUCAAGUACCACAGUCAGACUCCGCCGAUGCUGUUACAAAUCGGCGCGAUAGAGCCGAACAGCUUCAAGAUUAAGACGUCCUCGCCAUCUCACGCGAUUGCGGAGAAACGACUGAAGACGUCCUGCGAAGAGAAGCAAGUCGCAUCAACGAAUACGAAUAUAAUUGCCCCUGCGGAGUGCUCGACGACGAAGUCGUUGCCGAAAGUGAUGAGCGAGGAAACGUUACGAGAGCCGUAUAAAAUAGUUCAGACUGUUUUGACAUCAAGCUUGCAGAAACCUGCGACGACUACAAGUUCAUUUUUCUCUCACACCUCGGUCAGUUUCUCCACCGUAGAUUCCUCGUGCAUCUCUUCGAGUUUGGCAGCAAACCAGAAUCGCCCGGAUCAGCUGACGACAACGAACGCGUUGAACAGCGCCAACGUCAUCAUCUCGUCUCAAGCAUCUCAAGUGAACAUUCCUGCGUCUACGGACAAGAGCAAUAUUGUGGAUUGCGUCUCCCAAGGAACAACGAAUCGUAAUUCCGACGUGGCAUAUUCCGGGACGCCAAACUUUCUGCCAAAUUACUCGACGGUCCCAGACAACAGUCUGGGAACGCCGCAGCACACACCGAGCUCUUACAAGAACGCUAUCGCGACCACGCAGAAUCCAAACUCGCGCAUCGAGAACGCCGAUGGCUCCCAGAAUCUGUUGGAAACUCGUCUGGAUUGCACGACAGUGACCACGAACUCCUCGUCCGCGGCUUUGCGAUCUUUCCAGGUGGAUUAUUCGGAUCAGGGGAAGGAUAAAGGCUCGCAGAGUUCGUCGCACGUUACCUAUUCGUCGCAUAACAAGGUUGCGCUCAUCAAUUCCGGUGGCAUCGUUUCCGAUCAUCGUGUCGAUUACGCCAGCCAGAUAGAUCGAAGUCUUCCGGCGACGUCCCAAAGCCUACCGAACUACUCCUCCACCAAGGAAUGCACUCUUCCAGCCUUUUCUUCUCAGGACAUGCAACCGGUGUACAAUCAAGCUCUAAACGAUUCUCCGCAGACGUUCACCGUUCACAAGAAACAAGAGCAUAUCAUCGCGAGUUCUCAUGAUUACGUUCAAGCGAAGACGAUCUCGCAAAAAGACUCGAUAUCGUACACAAAUGGCGAGGCAAACGAGCCUGCGAGUGCUUCGUCACGGAACCAAGAUUACGUGACGAAGAGCACGAGUCAGGAAAAUCCUUUCCAACAGAGUUACAUGAAGCUGAGCAAGAGCACGGACACGUCGGACAAUCCGAAUCAGGCGAAUCAGAAGACAAAACUGAACGGCGUGCUCAACUCAAAGUCUCAGGAGCAGCAGCAACAGCGACACAAUCACAUACGCGACUCGGCUUACGUUCCCACGAAGAAGGUGGACGUGGAUUCGUUUGUCCAGUCGUUCCAGUACGACGUCAAGGAGACGAUGAGCAACGCGGGCGAGCGAACGAAUGUUUUGAAUGCCGAAGACACGCACAAUAAUUAUGUCUCUUAUACCAGCAGCAAGGACGAUAAGAAGACGAACGCCGUUGCUUCGACAAACACCAUGGUCAACAAAUCCACGGUGGUGCAGCAAAAUGUUGUUCCACGUUACUCGCAGCAGACGUCGUCGCUCGUCACCACGUCCAAUUACGAGCAGAGUACGAUGACGGAGAAUCACGCCAAGUCCACUACCACAGUUGCUCAUAACUCGUCCAACUUUAGCAUUCUCUCGUGGACGACGUUUUCGCCUGUCAGUGGCAGUAGUGGUGGUAGCAACGGCGGUAACAAUAACAACAACAAUAAUAAUAACAAUUUGAUGCACUUUGAGCAAGUACAACCGCAUCAGAACGAUAAUACCGAGGCGAAGACCAUCUGCGAGAAUUACAAUUAUAUACCGUUACACAAGGAGAAUCCCAGCUUCCCCAACCAAGUAUUGAUUAGUGACGAUUAUCCGAGUGUGUCAACUGGAAUCGACAAGUUGCGACAAGGGAAGAUCGAGCCGCAGAAGCAGUCUUUCGUCGAUACUUCGAAAACCAGAAACGACCCGUCGAAGCAGCAGAACAGGAUGCAGAGUCAGCAAACCGGCAACGACUAUAAAUUUGCCGAUGGUGAUAAAAGCAAGAACAAGUAUACCAUGGAUUCGGCGGGCUACAACUUGCAGAACGAGUACAACCCCAUGGAUCAGCAGACCCAGCAACACGGUCCGAAGAAUCAUCAGAGUCUGUCGUCCAAGGAGAAGAUGAUCUACACUUACGAACCGCAUAACUUUGAUCUGGCGGAGAGCAACAUACAGAUUAAGUAUCACUCAGCUGACACUACUUACGCCGGUACGAAUUUCAAGUACGCCGACAAGACGCAACAGCCGGCUCAGCACAAGUAUCAGACUCUCGCCCAGGGGCAGAUUUCUGUUUUGUCGCACGACAAUGGCACUUACAAUAGCAGUGACAUCAAGCACAGCCAGCAGCAGCAGCAACAACAAUCGCAUAGUAACAACAAUAGCGGUAACAACAAGUCCAAGGGUAAUCAGCAUCCUCAGCACGCGGUCAAGGCGCCAGUCAACUGGAUGAUGACGCCAGAGGUGAAGCACAAUUCUGCGAAUAUUACUGAUAUUAUUCUACCGCCGAUUGGCAAGGAGCUGGACUUUUGUCAGAACAAUUUGUUCAGCCAGACACCUGCAUAUAAUCAGGGCACUCCGAAUCAAUUCUACAAUAAUUACGAUGCAGCCACCGCUCAUAGCUUCGCGAAUCUACCGGUUCUGCAAAGUGAUCCGAAGAGAUCCGCGGAAACUUUUUACUCUGAAGAACAACCGUUUCCGUGGUCGCCGACGAAGAACAGCGUGCACAAUAGCGUCGAGCACGUCAUUGGUCAGUCAUCGAUCAAGGGUGUCGAUCAGCAUAUCGUGCCGUCGAGUCUGCAAUCCUUGGUCGGUGAUCUCGAUCUGAGUGCCAAUUUGACGGAGAAGCAGAACUUUUUAUUCGCCGCAGCGACUCCAUCGUCUAGGAUCUCCACGGAGCAAAGUAAAGACGCGUCUAUGAAGGAAAAAGAGGCGAAUAAUGUGUCGGGACGGGAUUUGCAUGCUAUACUGAACACGCAGAAUACGCAACAUCCGGCAUCUACCUUUUUAUCCGUGAGUCAGCUGGUAGAGCAAGAAAAGGCAGAGAAGAACCAUCAUCAGCAGAAUCAUCAGCAACAUCAUCAACACCAUCAUCCGCAUCCGCCUCAGCAUUCGCAGCAGCAGCAGCAACAGCAGCAACAACAGCAGCAGCAACAGCAGGCUAGAAAACAUCAAAGGAAGAGCAACACGAGUCCCAGAACGACCAGUAAACGACAGCAAAUGGAUAUUCGCAAGUCUACUACGACCAAUGACUUGCAUCAGAGACACGAGGAACAGAAAUCUUCAGGACCUGUGUUCACAGAACAGAAUUACCAGCAAUCGCAGCAGCAAAAAUACCAGCAGAAUAAUGUUCAUUGGAGAAGCAGGAACUGUAAGAGCAAUUACACCGCGGAGGCGCUGAUCGGAACCAGCGUUCACGAUCCUGGUGGUCAUCAUCAGGACAAGCACGCGUCAAUCAAGUUCACGUCCAACUAUCCGCAGAAUAAGUUCCAGAAUCUGGCCGCUACUGCCGCCGUGGAUACCACGGUGAUGCCGAUCAAUUACUUUUCCAGUGCGCCACCACCGGACGAUGGCACCGCGGCUGGUUACGGCCAAUCGGUGGUCAAUCAAAACUUCAACACGUACGCGUACUCGUCCAACUCCGCCAACUCCAUAUAUCCCACUGGGAACUUCAUCACCAGCAUCUCCACCAACACGUCCAACAGCUACAUGGGCAUGCAACUGCACGAGAACACCGCCGAUUACACCGUACAGGAGACCAACACCUUCCUGUUGCCGAACAUGGGGGGAACGAGUUCGUCCAGCACCGCAAACACGUCCAGCGCGAACACAAUCUCCACCACGGCGAACGCGAACGUGAAAACUCAUCAGCAUUACGGGAAGCAUCCCAAUUGCGACAAACGCUCGUACUCCACUGCCGCGAAGAAGGGCAAGCGAAAGAGCGGCUUCGAGGCUGGUCCAAUGCAAAAUCUCGCUGAAUUUCCGCUGUCCGGCAUCACUUCCCCGUUGGAAGACUAUCAUCAUCACUCGGCAACAUUUUUGGCGCCGCCGCCGCCUCCACCGCCGCCUCACGCCAAUCCCCUUUACCAGAAUCACUCGCAGACGAACGUGUACGCCAAGACUGUCAACGGUCUUCCACCACCACCUCCGCCAUCAGCUAUGAGUGCUCAGGGUGCCGCGACCGUGGGAGCGACUAGCUUCUCCAUGAACUCCAACAUGGUGCGAGGAGGAAUCGUCUCGAGCAACCCGAUGGCCAUGCCGCAUCAUCCUUCCGGCACCAGCCUCACCAAUUUCAACUUGACUACGAUAUUCCCUGAAAUGAAUGAUAAGGUCACCGGAUAUAAACCUUCGAACGGUAUACCAUCCGGCCUAUCGCAGACUGCGUCGAAUCAGAUUGCGACCUAUACGCAACGAACUAAUUAUCCGUCGAAUUCUCUUGGUCACUUGCCGCAGCCAUGUUUAUAGAGUUCUAUACACAAUAAUGAUCGGAUUACGUGUAAACGAUUAUGAGGAAUAGUAUGUAUAUAUGUUAUAUAUGUUAUUUGUAAGUAUCGCGCUAUUUACUAAUAGUCCCAAGUAGCAAACUGAUAUGUCAUUGAACGUUAAAAUAACGUUUCGUUGUCAAAAUGAUGUACACUUGCUACCUGAAGCGUUUUACUAUUCUUCGCUCCCUUUUCUGUCUCUAUCUUUUGACGCACAUACACACAUUGUAAUUUAUUAUAAACACUAAUGAAAUAAGUUCAUAUAUUUGUGAUA